GGCCGGGCGCAGCGUGCCGUCUACCUGCUCCUGGUGCUGGGCGCCGCCGCGCUGUACCUCACCGGGCAGCCCCUUGUGCCCGUCGCCCGCUCCCUCACCCUCCACUUUGCGGCCCUGCAGAUCGGGGCACUGCUCAAGGGCACCUGCUACCUGGCAGAGGAGAUCUUCCACCUCCAGUCCAGGCACCGUGGCAGCUUCUGGAGGGCCCUGAGCGCCUGCUUCCCUCUAUGCUGGCACGGGCCCAUGCUCCUCAUCUGUGGCUCAGCCUACAUGGCUCUUCUGGAUGAAGAUGGGCAGCCACUCAGCCUCCACCUCAUCCUGGCCAGCCUGUGCCAGCUCCUCAACCUCGCUCUGGGACUCCACAAGCCCUCAACAGUGGAGAUGUCUGAGAUGUCUGAGAGGUCCAAGCAGAACAUCGCUCAUGGACUUGCCUGGUCUUAUUACAUUGGGUACCUAAAAAUAGUCCUGCCACGGGUGAAGAAGUCGAUGGAGGAAUUCAGCAGAGCCAACCCCAAUGUGCUGGCAUACAGGGAGACCUGGAAGCUCCACAUCUUGAUCCCUCUGAACUGUGACAUCUGUGAUGACCUGGAGAAAGCUGACAGCAAUAUCCAGUACCUGACAGACCUCACUGAAACCACCCUGAGCCGAGCUGGCAUUAAGAAAAGGGUCUACAAACACAGCCUCUACAGAAUCAGGGAUGAAGACAACCAGCUCUGGCACUGUGCCCUGGAGUUUGCCACCCCGCUGCAGUCCCUCUACGCCAUGUCCCAGGAUGAGUGUGCUGCCUUCAGCCGGGAGGACCGCCUGGAGCAGGCCAAGCUUUUCUACAGGACCUUGGAGGACAUCCUGAAAGGCUCCAAGGAAUGUGUGGGUACCUACCGGCUCAUCGCAUAUGAGGAGCCAGAAGAGGCAGAGACCAACUUCUUGUCCCGAGAGAUCCUCUGGCACCUGUGGCAGCAGCACCAUGAGGAGUUUGCUGUCCACGAGGAGAACCACACGCACAGCCCUGCCACAGCCCUCGACUCCACGGAGCUCAACCUCCAGAUCAGCGCCUCGGACCUGCCGCAGCCCCUGCGCAGUGACUGCUUCUAA